CUUGGUUUUUCUCUCCCAGCUAAAACGUUAGGCCCAUCGCUGUAGAUUCAGAAGAUCGCCACUGUCUCCUUUGCUGGGUCUACGCGCCUGACCACGACGACCUGACACGAUGUCGCAUGCUUUCCCCUCUUUAACCUCCGUGCGUCGUCCAGGGCUAGACUGAUUAGGCAUCGUCAAGUAUUAUUUUUCUUUCCAUUCUUCAAGGGAUGACGCAUCGACGUGACGAUGCUUCGUUUCGAGCACCAUGUUAAAAAUGCUGGACCGCCGAUAUGUCGAUCAAUUGCUCGGCCAGGACUAUCGCGACUUAUUUCGUUUACUGUAGCCAUUGAGAUCAUCAACUAGGACAUCAUGAUUAUGAUACGGCAUACUGUUGCGAUAGCUUACUUAGCUGCUCUUGGCUAUGCUACCGAUGUCAACAACACGGAUCUUGAGCCAUUGCGGUUCACCAAGAAUGGUACUUUUCAGAUUGCUAUUUUCUCUGAUAUGCAUUUUGGACAAUAUGAAUCAUCGACGGGUCCUGAACAGGAUCGCAAUUCUGUGCAAGUGAUUCGCAAAGUCCUCGACUACGACAGACCUGAUCUUGUCGUUCUCAACGGGGAUCUCAUCAAUGGAGACUCAACAUUUGCUCACAACAGUACGCAUUACGUCGACAUGAUUGUCGAGCCAAUCGUCAACCGCAGCUUGACCUGGGCAUCUACAUAUGGCAACCAUGAUCACAACUACAACAUCGCUGGCGAUGAUAUUCUCAAGCGCGAACAGUUAUUCCCUGGAGCGCGCACACAGAAAAUGGUUAACAAGGAGUUGUCCGGCACAACAAACUACUAUCUGCCUGUUUACCCCUCCGACUGCACCGAUACCAGCGAUUGUAGCCCCAGUCUCAUCUUAUGGUUCUUCGACAGCCGCGGCGGUAACUAUUAUCAAGGAACUUACCAACCAAACUGGGUUGACCAAAGCGUUGUGGAUUGGUUCAAUGAAACAAGCAUCGAAUUAAACGACAAGUACAACAAAACCCUUCCAUCACUAGCGUUCGUCCACGUGCCUGUCAACGCCACAGUUGCACUCCAAACAGAGAUUGGAAUUCGAAAGAACUACCAGCCGGGCAUCAACGAGGAUCCCCCGGUGUUUCAACAAGGAGCAGGAUGGUGUGAGAACGCAGACCCCGAUGAGACUUGUGAUUACGGAGGCCAGGAUGUUCCGUUCAUGGAGGCUUUGGUCACUGUUCCAGGAGUCAUCGGGUUGUUUUCUGGUCAUGAUCACGGAAACACGUGGUGUUAUCGCUGGGACAAGAAACUCGAAGGAAUGACUGUCGAAGGCAACGGUAUCCAUCUCUGCUAUGGACAGCACUCUGGGUACGGUGGUUACGGCGAUUGGAUACGUGGUGCACGAGAGAUCGUUGUUACAGAGGAUAUGUUGGAGAAGGGCGAUGUCGAGUCCUAUAUUCGUCUUGAAUCUGGCGAUGUUGUUGGACGUGUGACGUUGAACUCAACCUACAACAACGACUAUUAUCCUGCUACGCCGAACACGAUGACUUAUAUGUCGGAGGCGUUAAGUGAUAGUAGUAGUAGUAGUAGUAGCAGCAGUGCAGCGGGAAGCAUUUUGUCAGGAUCUGAGCUUAAUGCGGCGGUUGGAGGGUCAUUGAUUGCCAUUGCUUGGUUGUGCUUUUGAUCUUGAAGGUGUUGCUUAGAUGAUUCACGACGAUAUGGAUACCCAUGUUUUUUAUAUAUACCAUAAAAUCAAUUCUAUAAAUAUGUCAGAAAACCCAAGUCACACAUACUGUUUCAUGAUUGGUAUCGUAUACUCCGUAAAUUCC